CUCCAAGGCAAUAGUGAUUGAUGUACGGAUAUCACGAGCGAAGAUACGGGCAAAGGACAGGCCGAAGAAGGCCCCAAAUGCUGAGUUGAUUUCCGGUUUUUCGAGCACAAUUUCAUCUAUACACUCUAAACUGCAUGAGGGAAAUCCACGUGGACUGUACAGUUAGAGACAGCUGGUCUCGUUUUUAGAUUGGGUUUGGAACCUCGGCAUCCAUAUCAACGGGACCAAGCUUUUCAUUGAAAAGUAAAAUAUUCCCUUCGACGAUGAACCUCGCUUUGUCUCACGGGAUAGCAUGUUGGCUCGUGGUCAUCCUCGCGUUCGACGUCGACGCACAAUGUGGUAUGGAUAUUUUCGUCAAUGUGACGGUCCCUGAGGAGACCGUUUACGUGUUCGAGGGCUCUGAUUCCAACACCACCAUCAUCGUCAACGAAGUCCUGCGCGAUGGCGAGUUGACAUUAAGAUCAUCCAAUCCUGCUAAAUUUACGAUUAAGGAUGGUUAUACGACUACGACACUGACGACGUCCUCUGAUCUUCCCCGUAAUCUCACCGUGGUCAUCGAAGGUCGAGCCAUCUCUUUAGAAAAGCUUGAAGUCUACUUUCAACCAUCGGGGAGCGAUGACCUGAUCGAGCUUGGCCAACAAACCAUCGGGGUCAAAAGGGUGCCGACAAUUUUACAGGCUGUAUAUGUUUACAUCAUCUUGGCUUGGAUUGUACUCAGUUACCUUUCAAUGGGGGGAAGCAUGAAUCCUAAAGAUAUUUGGAAGAAAAUUCGACGACCUUACGGUAUCUUGAUCGGCAUCUUCUGUCAAUUCAUCAUCAUGCCCGCUAUGACUUACAUGAUUGCUCUUCUCUUAGCGCGAGGCGAUGACGCGACAUCGGUAGGGAUCGUCUUGAUAGGUACAGCACCCGGUGGAUGGCUGAGUAACAUCUUCUGCGCUCUACUCGAUGUCGAUCUGGUCCUCAGCAUCACCAUGACAUUCUUUUCCACCCUGAUCGCCCUUGGGAUGAUGCCCCUGAACCUACUCAUCUAUGCUACACCAUUCACUACUCAGAAUCAAAGAUUACAGACACCCUUCUCGGAUCUGGCUCAACAGCUUGCUAUCCUUGUCAUACCUCUCUUCAUCGGUAUUGCCAUCUCGUGGAAAUUCCCAAAAUUCAAGAAAUUCUGCAAGAAAGUGGUAAAACCAAUCGCCUUACUCUUGAUUAUCAUUGGUAUAGCGAUGGGUGUACCGGCUGAUUUUUACGCAUUUUCACAAUCUCCAGGCUAUGUAUGGGCCGUCAGUUUUAUCAUUCCUUUCUUCGGAGCGUUCUUCGGCCUGUCCUUCGCCCGUAUCUUUGCCCGGGACGUCCGUUCAUCCAUCACCAUCGCCAUAGAGACUGGAGUGCAGAACGCUAUCCUAGCCCGGACCAUUGUCUUUCUGUUCUACCCCAGACCGGAAGCUGAUCUACUAGCUCGUGUUACCUUGACGACGAGUUUGGUUACCAUCAUAGAAGGCGCGUUCGCUGUAUUAGUAUAUUACAUUUUCAGGUACCUAUUGUGUAGACGACGAUGUAAUAAGGCUCAAAGUGAGGAUGAAUUAGAUGGUGAGAAAGCCGUAGUCGAUGAUGACAUCAAGGUGAUCGAGAUUGCUGAAAAAAAUGACAUCGGUAACAAUGGCCAAGAACCUGUGAAUGGAGCCGACAAUGCUGCCUUCCAGUCAGAGUCCAAAUGAUAUGGAGCUGGUCAGUGAUAUCAUGCCUGCAGUACUUACUUCCUUCUUUUUACGUAUAAUGUUUACAGGAAUCAUCAACAUUUAUACUCGAUAAUUGAUGCAUAAUGCUGCAUUACUUUUUCUUCUUUUUGUGUUUCUCUUUCUCUUUUUUAUUUCCCUUUCACAUUUCCCUGAUAUCUGUAAAACCACAAUAAUCCUCAUCAAAACGUUGAUAUAAAAAAUAUGACAAUAUAGUUACACGAUUAUAGGCAUGACAUUCGGAUGUGAAUAAAAAAAAUCAUGUCAUUUUGAAGUUUUGCUAAAAUGCGUAACCUAAUUGGCAUACAAAUGAAAAGAACACUCCCUAUUAUGAUACAUCAUGUAGGAAAUUGAUGAUAAAGAGCUGGUGCGUAACAAUAAUGACAACUUCACAUGCACGGAACAAACAUUUCUUUUCUCAAAAUUUUUUUUUUACAUUAUCGGAUGAAAAACUAAAUAUAACAUAUUCUAUGUUACAAAAUACAAAAUGAAUUAUGAGUGCAUGAUAUCAUCACCUUCAUAAUGUAC